UCCCAACAAAGCCCUAUAUAAGCGCCCCAUUCCAAGAAAGAUUCAGUUCAAGCUCAGCUACCCCACCGCUCGCUCAGCAACCAGCAUACAACACAUAGUUUAAUUUGACACCUGUCGAGACUCGAGAGAGAGGAGCAUGGCGACCUUGUGCAGGCAGCCGAGUCUGGAGUUCGACGUCAAGGUCGUGAGGGUGGCCGGCGUCGAGGCGCGGCUCGAGGGCGUCCUCUUCGUCAGGUACUACGUCCCGGCCGGCGACGGUAGGCGCCGGAUCCGCGUGCACACGCGCGAGGUCCCGUGCGGCGCGGGGGGCGACGACGUGCUCUGGGGCGAGCGCGUGCGCUUCCAGCUGGCGGGCAACGGCGGGGCCAUCGCCGCGCCGGGUAAGGUCGCGUUCGAGCUCCGGUGGAGGCCGCGCCCGUCGUCGUCCGGGCUCGCGGCGUUCCUGGGGACAGGGAGGCCGUCGUCGCGCGUGCUGGCGCGGGCCGAGCUCGCCUUGUCUGUGGGUGCAAAAUCAGCGUCGGCGGAGAGCUGGCUGAGACUCUCGCCGGCGGGCAGGGAGCUGGGCGGCGGGUGCAAGGCGCCCAAGUUGUUCGUCGAGGUCGAGGUCGUCCACGCCGCAGCGGCUGCCGAUCGCGUGGCCGUGCAGGCGAGGAAGUUCGGCGGCGUGAACGAGUGCUGCCGUGGCGGCGAGCGCUGCGGUAGCUGCGGCUGGGUCGGGACCGAGGAGGACAUGUUCCUGGCAGCGACGUUUACUCAAUAGCAAUACCAGUAUUCUGAUGGUCGGUGAACUUCGUAGUAGAGCUCUUCCAGCAAGCAGUUGUCGAUUUCAGUCAAACUCGGGCGUGAAAUAUGAACAAAUUUUGAACACGAUGCCAAAUUCGGUUCUGGUAUUUUUGCGCUUCCUCGUCGCUCUUGGAUGUGUGGCUGCCAUGCACAUGACGUGCCAACGAUUGUUCUUCCGCGCUCAGGCGCUGCCCGGCGGCCCUGCGCGGUGUGCACAUCGGAGACGCGGCGCGCAGCCGUGAAGCUUCAACGGAAAUUAAGACGGGGGUCGAACUAAGUGGAUCAUGCACUAGACCUUUUUUUUUUUUUGCGAAUAGCCCUUUUUUUAGUUUAU